GAAUCCCGCUGAUGUAAAGAAAGUUAAAUGUUCCCCGUGUGCUGCAACAGAAGGCAUGUACUCCAGCUGCACGGGGGCUGCUCCAUCCAAACAAAGACCCUCUGCGCCGGGGCCACAUCCGCGACUGACAUGCCUUUAAACCAAUCGUUGUAGCUCAAACGUUUCCAUUUGUGGUCGUUUUAAGCCUGCUAAAAAUAAACGUCCAAUCGCAGAGCUCGGUGGGCGAGCGACCGUUAAACGUACACACGGCCCCGCUCUCAGCCAGUCGCUGCCAUGUUCCGCGAGCGUGCCGCGCAACGACCAAUCAGCGCCCCGGAAUAAAGCGUUCUAUUUUGUGGGCGUAUUUCACGACUACUCCAAUCACACGCGCGAGACAGUCAAGGUUGGUUUCGGCGAAGGAACAGAGGAACUGCUGCUGUCACUUAAAAAAAGCCCAAUUGUCCAACCACCACCAUGGGAAAGAAGAGUCGAGUGAAGACUCAGAAGUCAGGCUCUGGAGCCACUGCUGUGGUGUCCUCCAAGGAAAUGAUGAACUACAUCUCUGAACUGCUGCAGAAAUGCAGCAGUGCAGCACCCUCUGCUGGUAAAGAAUGGGAAGAGUACAUCCAGAUCAGAGGCUUGGUGGAGAAGAUCCGCAAGAAACAGAAGGGUCUGUCGAUAGUGUUCGAGGGCAGCAGAGAGGACUACUUUACAGACCUGAUGUCGUGGGCUGAGGAAAACAAUGCGUCCUGUGAUGGCUUCAUGGUGACCAACUUUGGAACAGAGGGCUACGGCCUGCGGGCCACCAGAGACAUCAAGGCAGAGGAACUAUUCCUGUGGAUUCCCAGGAAGAUGCUGAUGACUGUGGAGUCGGCCCAGAACUCUGUACUAGGUCCUCUAUACAGCCAGGACAGGAUUUUACAGGCUAUGGGCAACGUGACACUGGCCUUUCACCUGCUGUGUGAACGGGCUGAUCCUGUUUCAUUCUGGCAGCCAUACAUCCGCAGUCUUCCUCAGGAGUACGACACACCACUGUACUACAAGCAGGAAGAGGUGGAGCUGCUGCUGGGCACACAGGCGGUGCAGGACAUUCUGAACCAGUAUAAAAACACUGCAAGGCAAUAUGCUUACUUCUACAAACUGAUACAGACUCAUCCUGCAGCCAGCAAACUGCCCCUCAAGGACAGCUUCACAUUUGAUGACUACAGGUGGGCGGUGUCCUCUGUGAUGACCCGUCAGAACCAGAUCCCUACUGAGGACGGCAGCCGGGUCACUCUGGCCCUUAUCCCCCUCUGGGACAUGUGUAACCACACAAAUGGACUGAUCACCACUGGCUACAACCUGGAGGAUGAUCGCUGUGAAUGUGUGGCGCUGCAGGACUACAAGGAGAACGAACAGAUCUACAUCUUCUACGGCACAAGAUCCAAUGCCGAGUUUGUCAUCCACAAUGGGUUCUUCUUUCAAGACAACGCUCACGACCGAGUGAAGAUCAAGCUGGGCGUCAGUAAGAGCGAACGCCUCUAUGCCAUGAAGGCUGAAGUGCUGGCACGAGCCGGUAUCCCAGCGUCCUGUAUCUUUGCCCUCCACUGUAACGAACCCCCUAUUUCAGCCCAGCUUCUAGCCUUCCUCAGAGUCUUCUGCAUGACAGAGGAGGAACUGAAGGACUACCUGCUUGGAGACCGUGCCAUCAAUAAGAUCUUCACACUGGGCAACAGCGAGUUCCCUGUCAGCUGGGAGAAUGAGAUCAAGCUGUGGACAUUCCUCGAGACCCGAGCUGCUCUGCUUCUCAAGACCUACAAGACCACAGCAGAGGAGGACCAGUCCCUGCUGGAGAAACCUGAUCUGUCUCUCCAUUCUCGCGUGGUGAUCCAGCUCCGCCAGGCUGAGAAGCAGAUCCUGGAGAAGGCAUCAGCCAGUGGACGGGCCAAACGCCUGCACUUCGAGAAGAAAUUAGAAGAGGGCGCUCCGUUGCCUCGCUAUGAGGAAAGCGAUAUCGCUUUGCUGGAGAAUACAGGGGCAGAUGCAAAGCUACCUAUUAUCCUGCGCAAGCUGGAGGAGGUAGAGGAAGGCCAGGAGAUCCAAGUGGAGGAACACAGUCACCUUCUGAAUGGGGAUAAGGUUCUUUAUGAGAUGGAUAUGGAGGCUAACAGACAGCCAGUGCAGGAGAAGGUCAGGAAAGAUGUUAAUUCAGCUUUGGACUCAUUUGGAAGUUCAACCGAGAAGGGCCAAAGGGAAAUGGCCGAUCUAAGUGCCAUUCGGACUGAGGACAAUCCCAAAGAGAACAGUGAAUAAGUGUCAUCCACCUACUGCCACAGCCCAUGCUAUUUAUUUUAUUUCUUUGGUGUGUGUGUGUGUCUCUUAAGCGACUCAGAAGUAUAGAAGCUGAAAAAUGUCAUUCAAAGUUGCAGAACUUUUCCUUUUGUGUGUGUUCAUCCAGUGGGCUUUUCUGAGUUGCUCACAGCUGAACUUGUUUAAAAUGCUGCCAGUGUGCCCCUCAGCCUUCUGUGCACAACUUUUUGAUUAAAAUCAGCUUUUGUUCUAAGUUUGAAACAAAGAUUUACAUCGAAACAUUUUCGAGGCAUACAGCACAGGAAGACGGCAAGCUGGAUCCACAAACUGGGUCCAGUUAAUAUCAUUAGGUGGAGAGAAAAGAAUAAAAUGGAGUUGGGUGAAUGUUAUUUCCACAAAGCCAAAAUUCCUCUGAUCUUGUGAAUUGGAUGGUUUAUUACUGCAGUUUGUCUCCAUAUAUGUCCACUAUGUUUUGAGUUGACAAUCGUAUCCUCUAGUGCAUUUUGUAUUGUGCUGCUGAGUUCAGACCAUCACUGCCCUCGAUUCCCUUUUUCUUAGGUUAAGAUCAUUUCAAGCAACUUAACUGAAGAAAACCGAAAAUGUUCUCAUUAACUGAUGAGAGCAGUAGUUUUAAACUGAUGGUACCUGUUGUGGAUCAGUACAGAUCAAGGUGGAAGAUGUUUUCUCCUUCCUCAGUGAGUCAGAGUUUUACCCUCAGAUUGUUCAUUUUCUCUCAUUAGAUAGCCGUAGUCCUCAUUUACAAAGACAUUUUGAUUUAUUUGUGUUUUUAAAAGGUAUUUUUAUGAAUGUACUCAGUUUACAUGCAGUGAUUAUCUGCUGAUGUCACCAAAAGGGAGUGAUGAGUGACCGAGUGAUCACUGUUAUUGCCCGUGAGAAAGCCAUAAACAACACUGAGGACUCAGCGAGACAGAUGAUGAUGACAUCUCAUGUACGAUCACGGUUGGAAGCUUUUGUUCAGCUGCCUUUUUAAAAUGAGGCAAUUUCAACAUGACAAUUUUUGUACAGGAAAAACACAGGAGCAGUUUGCUCACUGUGGGGCCCCGAUAACUGUCAUGUGCACUGACACAAAGAGCCGACAGUCUACGCGGUGUGGAUGAAAAAAUGUGCACUUUGGUUAUAAUUCCUAUCAAUGACAACAUUUUACCCCAUUGUUUAAAAUAUGGCAAUGUGUACUUCCAGUCUAACGUUUUCUCUCACCUCAUUAUUCACCCUUUGUGUUUAGUGGUGGUGAGAUAAUGAGGUUUCGUCUCCACCACACUGAUGUAGGGACGCAGUUUUGUUAAUGAUGUGAUUGUAUGCGGCUCGCUUUUACAUGAACAGCACUUCAACAAUAUAGUUUGACGAAAUAAUACGUAAGUCUAGUCCACUAAUGUUUCUGAGCUUACCUCCUCAUUUCAUUGUCCAUCAGAACAUAUAGUUCUUCAACUGAUUCAUGCGAGUCCUAUAGUCCAGAAUGAUGUGUGCAAAUUCCUAGUUGGAACUUGGUGCAGUGAACUGUUUGGGUCCCCUGAGCGUCCUCUAGAUAUGAUGACAUCCAAAAAAAUGUCUCAUGGUGACCAUUUUACAUUCAGCCAUAAACAACCUAUGUAUUUUGCGUCUCCCCACCUGAACCAAACAUGAUGAGAGGAUAUGCGUCAUCACACACUGUAGAAAGUAUCUCACAGUAUCUGAGAACCUGUUUGGGGGCCCCAAACUGUUCCGCUGUACCAAGUUUGAUGCCUGAAUGUACAAUGAACGUGGUUCUGGUUGUAGAUGGACAGAGGUGACCACCUCCACACACAACCACUGUACCAUGUGAUUGACAGUGUGGGGCAAGUUACUCUGGAACUGUAAUAAGUUACUCUACUUAUUACUCCAUUACAUAGUAAUGAUGAUACCUCUUACUUGUUAUCAAAAGUACUGAGUAAUGUUAAUCGUUAUAUCACUAUAUUACUGUUACAAAGGUAACGUCUCUUACCUGGCAACAAAUCUUUUCUGGAUCUUGUCCACGACCGUGUCCUGCUCUGAAAUCCAGGUUCAGUAGUUUAACUUGCCCUGACCUGUCACGUGCACACGUCAUCGUAAGAAAAAAAAUCUGGUAACGCUGUGUUACUUACAAUAAUAACUGUAAUAUUGUUAAUUUUAAAAUUGUAAUCCCUUACACGACGUGGGGAAAAGAAUAUUACGGUAAUAUAUUACUGAGUAAUGCGUUACUGCCAGUUUAGGUAUUUAGUUAAUUAGUUAACUAGCUCAUUCAGUGAAUUAUUCUGACAAACUGGUGUUCCCAAAAUAAGGAAUGGACUUUCACACACUCUCAACUGACGACUGCUCAUGUUGCUCUGACAGUCUGGUGGUUUUGAGAUCAGAGUCUGGUGUCUCGUGUACCCUUUAAAACACAGAGUGAACCGCGGGUAAGUGCUGUCCGUGAAGAGAAUCACUUUCAGUGGAAGGACUCAUUGUCAUUGUAUUGUUUGAAGAAGGUGCAAUGAAUAAAGACACAUUUGAAAUCUCUUUAAA